AUGUCUUACACGGAUGUGGUUCCACUGUUACUUGCGCUCGAGGACCAAGGGCCUCACAGACAGGAGCUAAAUGCGCGCUGGGAGAGUGGGCAACUAGGUAUCUACGGGGUGGGGUAUCAAGCUGGUCCUUCGCUCAAGGAUAUUGUCGUGCAUAUGCACAAUGAGGUCAACAACACCCAUCCAACAAACUACAACAUCAUCGCAACGCUUGAGGGUGAAAUAGAUGACGAAGUGGUAAUCUUGGGCAACUACCGCGACGCCUGGACCGCCGGGGCCGGCGAUCCGGGUAGUGACUCGGCCGCGCUCAUGGAGAUAGUGCGAGCCUUUGGAGCGGUUGUGCAGCGCGGUGGCGGCCUCGACGCACGAUUCUCUUUAUUAGCUGGGAUGGACAUGAGGCCGAACUGGGAGUGGUUGAGGAACCGCACCGUCGCGUACGUCGACAUAAUGGGCGCAGUGAUGGGAUCGCAAUUCUUCGCCAAGGCCAGCCCAUUACUAGCCUCAUUGGUGCGCGACGUGACGCAGCAGCAACCCUCUGUCAACCAGAGCGUGGCCGGGCAGACGGUGCUGGAUUCCUGGGGCAGGUCUGUCGUGGUGGGGGAUGGAGGGGAUGCGUUGUCGUUCAUGGGGGAUGGGAUUCCGAUGCUUACUUUAGGCUUUGGGCAUGAUAAAGCCAUUGACCCGGCGUUUCACUGGCACAGCGCGUUUGAUACGGUGCAAUGGAUGGACCGGUUCGCGGAUCCGUCGUGGGAGUACCAUGUGCGUGCGGCGCAGAUCUGGGGGUUAAUGGCUGCUCGGCACGCUGGGGAUCCGGUUCUGCCGUUCAAUAUGACAGAAUACGUGACUGUUGUACGUGGGAUCGUCGACGAUGUCCAGGAUGUGAUUGAGGGCAGGCAUGACGGAUUCUUCAUCGGCCUAGAGCCUCUAAAUCAGGCUGUGGCCCAGCUCUACCACGCAGCAAUUGAAUUCGAUGCCCACGUCGUACAUCUCCGACAUCCACGAGUCAUCCAACCCAGACAUCCGAAAUUCACCGCGUUAACCACCAGUAUAAAAAAUUCGAGCAGCAUUUCCGGCCCGAUAUGGAAGCGGACACAGACACCCACAUAG